UUAUAUAUAUAUAUAUACAUAUAGUUAGUUUACAAUGGCGGACGUUAUGCAACAUCCCACCAACGUCGAGUGGAAAGAUGGAAAAUCACCACUGAGUUACUGGAAUGUUCCUCAAGCUGUGAAGACAACGCAAACUUUGAGUGACUCAAUGACUUCUGGCUAUGGGAUGCCGUCACCGCCACCGACGCCCUCAAUACAGCAAAUGUAUGAUCCAGCGGAAGUGAAGCAACUUCCGGGGAAAGGCGCAAAGGGUAAAGGUCAAUUUGUCGAUUGGGGAACAAAAUUGUAUCAAUUGGAGUUAGAGUUAUCAUACAAAAACAACGAAAUUGUUCUUUUGAAUAAGAAAUUGAAAAAGUACACGGACGAAUUGUAUCCAGGAGGCAAUACUUCAAAGAAAUCUGUUAUAACCAGUCUUCAAAAUCAAAAUGAUGUGAUGAAGAAAAAACUCGAAGUGAAAGAGGGACAGUUGAGAAGAGAACAAACUCGGUGCAAAGGCUUGCAACACGAAUUAGCAGAAGUAAAAAAGCAUAAUUUGGAAUUGAGAAGACGACAUCUAGUGAAUGAAAAAGGAGUUCAAACUUUACCAAUUAACAACAAAGACACCCAGGCCAGCUCGCCACCGAAGAAGCCUAGAACACGUACUGUGAUGACACAAUGCUCGCCAACAGUUUUGAAAGUCACAAAUUCUACAAAAGUGACGUCACUUCCACAACCAAGUGAUAGCAAAGUUUCAGGAACACAAAGAAAACUUUAUCGCAAAGCGAGAGAUCACUACACCAAUUCGUAUUCUACCAGUACAUUCAGUCCAGGAUCUUCAGCAAGUUCGAUAACAAACAACUUUAAAACUAAAGUAUCCCCUCGGUCACCAGCACAAAAUGUUACUGUGGAAAAUAAGGUAAAACUUGAAGUUGUACCUGAUCAUUCGAAUACAACUUCAACGAGUGUGGUUCCAUUUUCAACUGCGUCAUCCCUAUCGCCGAAAACAAGCAUGUUCAUACCGUCCAAACCGGGAGUUAAAUUUGCGACAUCAAUGACAAUUAAAGAAAGCGCAGAAGCCGCGCGAAAAGUGAGAGACCCACUGGAAAUGUCUAUCACACAGGAAUUCGACAAAGAAAAUUCCGUAAGAACAAUCGUCCAAUCUAACCGGGAUUUUGAGAUUAAAGAAAAGCCUGCACUAAUAUCUGCCAAUGGACAAGUUGUUUCAGGCAUAGAACACACAGCAAGGCCAGAAUGUUUGAAGCCAAAGAGCUAUACAACAGAUGGUGAUAGCGGGAUUAGCAGUGCCUGUGAUGUAUCUGAUGCAGGAUCGCCAUCGUUCUUCCGAGGAACUCGUACGGAUAUGAAUUCGCCACAAUCAAGUAGGAUCAGUUACAAACAGAUAUUAGACGGCUCUGUCCCAGAGCCUAACGCCGAGCACCCACAAGGGCGAGUCUACGAACGGCAUUUGCAAGAGUACAUGCAACGGCCUUACCCAGCUUCAACUCAUCCGAUGCCACCAUCAUAUCGAAAUCUGCAGACUAGACCCCAGUCACCCUAUAACUCGACAUCGUGGGAUAUUUACAAUCGGAAUUACCAGAAAAGUGACCAAACAUCAAUGAUACCAUACUACUUAUUUAGAAGAUCAAACGAAAACGCAGAACGUAACAGGAGCAACGAAAAACCGAUUUUUGUUCAUGUAUCAGAAAUCAUGAUGAACCGAUGAAAUCUGAGGUCAAAGGUUAUAGAGGUAUAACAUAAAGACAUGACUUGACACUGCAUUGAAUCUCUAACUUAAUUUGAAUUCCACAGACACAAUUGGAAAUAAUUACCAUGGUGGCGUAUGUAUCAAAACGACUAUAUACCCUUGGCUUCCUUCUCAAAUAAAAUUCUAGAUACACGAUCAGCGAGAUUCACAAGCAAGGGUUGAAUAAAAUCAAAAAAACACAAACACUUUUGUUCUUAAUAAAAUGAUCAGAUCUUUUUCCGAAAGGAUGGGAUACCGCCUAAUGCAAUUCUUAUUGAACCGAGUUGAGAAACGUAGAUUUUCUCAUUAAUGCUUCGCAAUUCUAGCGAUGUUAAUAUCGGGUAAUAUUGGUCGUUGAGAGAUUUUAAUAUUUUUCUUUCCACUGUAAGAUUAAUCAUUGUUAAUAUUUGAUUUUUCAUUCUUAUGUUUUUUUUUCAUUUUUUAUUAUUUUUCAAUUUUGAAAUCUCUUUUGUGAUUAGUAUUUAUACCUUUGACACAGGAAAAGCCAUAUUUUUCGUAAUGUUAUAGACAAUUAAGUAUAUAAAACACUUACAUUCAUACAUUCAAACACUACAUAGUUUCAUCCAAUGAGUCACUCAUACUAUAGUAUAUAACGAACACAUCAUAAUUUUUUCAGUAAUAUAUAAUUGAUACCGAAUAGUUCAUAUUCAUAUUUCUUUAUUACUCACAAGGCAGGAUUUUUAUUCCAUUUUUAAAUUUCACCUUUAGUUAGCAAAUUUGUGUAGA